AUGGCUGCUGGUCAAGAGCAAGAGCCUUUGGAUGUGGCCAAGGCCGAGGCCGCGAAGGGGAAGAAGAAGGCAGGUGCCAAGGGUGCUGCAACUGCGAAGGCGGCAGGAGGUCCGAUCUUCAUGCCCCCGCAGGCGCAGGCACAGGUGCUUCAGCCCACGGUGCAGGUGCCUCGGCGCUUCCCUGGACACUUCAUGCCGCAUCGGCUCUGCAACCACUGGAAUCUGCAGGGCUGGUGCAAAAAGGCCGAGACCUGCACCUUUGCGCACGGGAUCGAGGAGCUGCAUCCAGAUGUUCAAGCACAGCUGCUCCAGCAGAAGCCGGGCAUGCCACCACCAACGGUAACCAAGGACGGCCGCUUGGUCGUGCACGGUGUCAGCACAGUGUCAAAGCCUGCUGGGAAGGUGUCAACUGAAACAGCAGUGGGUUAUCCGACGGCCCAGAUGCAGUCGGCCCUUGCAUCGCUCUAUGGUGCACAAGCGAACUCACUGCUCGGCUCAGGCACUACCACCCUUAGCCCUUUUGCUUCGGUGACCAACUUCCCUUUCAACCUGACCCCAGGCACGCAAGCUCUUCUGCCGCAACUCUCGCAGCCCGGCCUCUCGGACGUGAAGGAGAACCUGAGCGAGCCAGAGGAUGGGCUCUGCUCCAGCUCACCCGGAACCCCAAGCAAGCGUGUGACGGGCCGUCCGGCACCAGCACCUCUAUCGCUCGAUGAUAUCUCUCCUGCAGAUGGCCAAGCAAUGAUGGUUCGACCACUGGUGUCCCCGAGUGUUGCGGCUCAUUAUACAACGAUCAGGACCCAGCCGAUGGCUUCGCCCAUGCGCGUUCCCCUGGUGUCUAGGCCGCUCCCUUCUCCGAUUUCAACCGGGACUCCGACGGCUGGCGCGAUGUCCAACACUGCGACAUCUGUGGCCAUGGCUGCGAUCUCAACGCCCAAGGCCGUGCCAGUACCAUCGCUGACCAGUCCCGCGAGGGUCACCGCGCACUUUAGCGUGCGCACGCCCACAAGCGGCCUCGUAUGGCCGGGCUCGCCAACCAAAGUGAUCUCGCCAUCCGCCCAGCCAGCGACACCCGUUCCGAUUGACAGGAGCACACUGCUUCAGGCGAGACAGGUCGCAGUUCGGCUGGAUCAGGGCCCUCCAGGACUAGCAAUGUGGGCACCCACACCGACGACGAAGGCGGGUGCUUUGGGCUUCCGCUAUCCUGCACCAGGAUAUGUGUCUGUGGCACCAAGAACACCAGGAGGAGCGUGA